AUGGGAGUCCUGCGUCAAGCGCGGACGCUGGAAGGCAAGUCACACCUCGAGGAUCUGCGAGAAGAAAAUGUUCACGACCGCCUGGACGAUACAGUUGAUAUCGUGACACUGCAUACAAGUGAACUGCAGAAAACUUUGCAAGACACAAAAAGGAAAAACUGCGAUUUGGAAGGAAGCCUGUCAGCCGCAAAGAAGUUAAAGAGAGCUUUAAGAAAACCAAGGCAGCUAGAAACAAAACUUUCCACCUUGACCAGAAAUUUGACAUUUCUAAACGAAGACCAAAAAAGUGAGCAUGCUCUUGUGCUUAUGAAAGAAUAUGUUCAAGGUGGAAAACACCUCACUUACGUCAGCCUGGAAAUCUUCAACUUGGUUUCUUGUUGUGAGGAGAUAUUUAAAGCGUUCUCAGAAGAAGAGGACAUUUGUCUUUUGAAGAGCCCAAUGAAGACCGUGAGGCGAAUCAUUGAGCAAUCUGUUCCUGUUCCCCGUGUUGCGUGCAGCAAAAACCCAGAUAUAAUGCGCAGGUUGUUCGAGCGUUUCUUCGUAAUGCGCCUGCGCAUUUACUUGCAUUGGCUAAGUCUGCCGGAAGAGUCAGAUGAUGGCUAUAGUAGUAAAACGGUCGCCGAUACCAACCUGCAGUGA